UUUAAAAAGCACAAUUAUUUGUUUCUUUUCUUAGAGUGGAGUCUCAACCCCAAUCUCGCAGAAAUCAUUCCACCGCUUGUCCUCGACUCUGCGGUAGAACAUGAAGCCAAGCUUCCGGAGCAGAAUUGGGAGAAGUCGCAUUCUAUUUUCGGUGAUAACAUUAAUCUGAAAUGGGUUAGUUGGAACGGGACACUCCCUAAUGGAGCAAUGUCAAUCUGGAAUGGGUAUGCUGAAAGGAUAGACUAUGUCUGCAAAUUCAACUGUGAAGCUGGUUUUUACAACCCAAGCAAAGGCCCAUACUGUCGGUAUCCAUAUGCUGACAAAGAAUAUAACGCCCCUAAUUUUGAAGUACUGGUCAAUCAGGACCACUUUGAAUUUGUAGAAUGGAUUGAUGGAUCGUAUGGUUCUGUUCCAACAAACGCCAUCAAAACCUGUUCAGGGGUUGGUAUCUAUGUAGGAAAGAAUAAGUAUGGUUUAGGAAAGGUAGUCACUCAAUACGAAGCUUUCUUCCUGCCAUGGGAGGGUGACGAGUACUGGUACAAGAAAUACCAAGUUCUUUCCAUCAAUAGAGAAUCCUACAGCCAGCAUAUAUCCCAUGUUCAGUAUGGAAUAGACCAGAUAGAGCUGUUCCACCACCCUCCUGAAACAUUAAGAUUGUCCUCUGUCACCAACAACGAAUGUCAAACUGUGAAAAAGACAGUCAACUUAGAGAAAAACACUGAAGUUAGGACUAGCUGGGAUAUAGGUCGCUCAACUAUGAAUAGCUCAGCAUCCAGUAUCACUGCAGCAAUACCCCUUAUUGGCAGCGCAUCUGUGGGGUUCACAAAGGAGAAAACUCUUCACUUUUCUGAAGGCACUUCUAUAGUAGAAUCCAUAGGUCACUCAAUCUCCCUGGAAAUAGACAUACCACCCAAUCACUCUUGCACAGUGAAAAUGGAAGCUAAAAAGAUGACCGCAGAUAUUCCCUUCACAGCACGGCUGAGCCGCACGUACAUUAAUGGGGAUACUCACUGGACCACAGUUGUAGGCAAGUAUGAUGGUGUGCAGAUAGGGGAGCUGAAAGCAGUGGUGGAUCGCUGUCAGCCCAUCGCUGAUGCUAAACCAUGUACAAACACUUAAUCAGACUAGCAUCAACAGCUUCUUAAAUAGAACAGGAUAACGUGAAAACCUGUUCUGCUGCCCUUUACACACAUCUUAUGCUAGCAUGAAUCAAUGCCUCAUGUCUA